CUGUUAGGAUAUAUCUACUAGGACUGCCAAUGGUACUUCUCCUCCUCCAUUUGGUGUUAGAGUUGGAUUAGAAGUGAUCUCUUAUGUUGGAGUCAGUUUUUCUUUAGUUGGACUAAUCUUGACAAUCCUGACAUUGCUGGUAUUCAAAAAACUAAGAAAGAAAGAUUCCAGCAAGUUUCACAUUCAGCUAUGUCUCUCAUUGUGCUUUGUGCUAAUUAUAUUUGUCACUGGAAUUAGUAGAACAUCAGUGAGUCCACUGUGUAUAAGCAUAGGAGCUCUUAUACAUUACUUCACUCUUGUUUUCUGGAUGUGGAUUGGAGCAGAAGCUGUGCUGAUGUUUCAAAAAAUAGUAAUAGUGUUUACAAACAUAUCUUGGCGAUAUAUAUUAAUAGUGUCUAUUGUUUGUUGGACUAUACCUGUUGUUCCAGUUAUGAUCUUAUUGGCAGUUGAUAAUGGCUACUACAUUACAAGUACAAAAAAUUCAGAAUUUUGCUUCAUUGGCAAAAUGGUACCAUUGUUAGUAGCAUUCUUAUUACCCAUUUUCCUCAUCAUCAUCAUUAAUACAAUUGUGUUCAUAAUUGUCAUUCGAACUACUCUUGAAAAUGCCAUCAAUAGAAAAAAGCGGAUGAACAAUUCCUCUCUCUCUGUAUCAAAAGUACUUAAGAUGUUACUGUCUUUUAUUGGUAUCAUGAUCCUCUUUGGCUUAACUUGGGUAUCUGCUGCCUUCACUUUCACAUCUGAGCCUAAUGUAUCUCAUACAGUCCAGUUUAUAUUUGCAUUUUUCAAUGCAUUUCAAGGAUUUUUCAUUUUUAUAUUUUUUAUUUUGCUCAACAAGGAAUAUAGGAAACCCUGGAAGGCUUGUUUUGUUCAGUGUUUCCCUAGGGCUACUAUUCACAGUGACUACAAGUCUGGACACAGUACCAAGAGCAAAUCAAGAAAUGAAAAUAGUUAUGUCAUUUCAAAUCAUGUAUCUCUUAAUGAUAUGAACAAAGAGGAGAUGAAAGAUACUUCACUGUAAACCAAAAAUUUUUAUAAUUAAUAGUAGCUAGUUACAAUAGAUAGU